AACUCUAUCACCCAGUCCCUUUCACAAAACCAUCUUCUAUUGACGUCACAUAAUGUCGUAUAUAUGUUAUUCCUUACCGUAGUUUCGAAUUAAAUAAAAAAAAUUUAAUUUAAAUAAUUUAUCACAGUUUUUAAAUGUUUUAAAAUAGUUUUUAUUGCAUUAAAUUAAAAAAAUAGUUAAAAGUUAUAUAAAUUGAAUUUCGUUGUUGUCGAAUUUGAAAUGCGAAAGUAACACUAGAAACAAGUGACUUAUGAUAUGGUGUGGAAACACGUGUUAAAGACAGUUUUAUAUAAUUUAUGUAUAUUACAUUUAUAAAUCUUAUUUAUUUCAUUUAAAAUAGAAAAACAUGGGGAAAAACAAAAGGAAAAAUAAUAAAGGAUACAAAAAUCAUACAAAAGAAGAAUUAAUGGUAAUGACUGUGGCAGAUAUUAUACAUGAAUUAAUUAAAGCACACAGAGAAAAGAGAGAUAUUAAUUUAAAUAGCUUGAAAACUUCAAUUGCUUCCAAAUAUGGAUUGGAAUCUCAGCCUCGUCUUGUUGAUAUAAUUGCAGCUGUUCCCAAUAAUUAUAAAAAAGUAAAUAUUGCUGUAAUUGCUGUUAUGUGCAAACCUCAUCGCUGUCCUCAUAUUAAUAUGACUGGUAAUGUCUGUGUAUAUUGUCCAGGAGGACCUGAUUCUGAUUUUGAAUAUUCAACUCAGUCUUAUACAGGAUAUGAGCCAACUUCAAUGCGAGCUAUUCGAGCAAGGUAUAACCCUUAUUUGCAGACCAGACAUAGGCUGGAGCAGCUAAAACAGCUUGGUCACGAUGUUGAUAAAGUUGAAUUUAUAGUUAUGGGUGGAACAUUUAUGUGCCUACCAGAAGAUUACAGAGACUUUUUCAUACGAAAUCUCCAUGAUGCUCUUUCUGGCUUUACUAGUUCUUCUGUAUCUGAAGCAAUAAUCUACAGUGAACAGUCAAAAAUUAAAUGUAUUGGUAUUACAAUUGAAACUAGACCAGAUUAUUGUUUGAAACGCCACUUAAGUGACAUGCUGAAUUAUGGCUGUACAAGAUUAGAAAUUGGAGUUCAGAGUGUUUAUGAAGAUGUUGCUAGAGAUACAAAUCGUGGACAUACAGUUCGAGCUGUGUGUGAAUCAUUUCAAUUAUCUAAAGAUUCUGGAUUCAAAGUUGUUAGUCACAUGAUGCCAAAUUUACCAAAUGUUGAUUUUGAAAGGGAUGUUGAGCAAUUCAUUGAAUUUUUUGAAAAUCCAGCAUUUAGAGCCGAUGGUUUAAAGAUUUAUCCAACUUUAGUUAUACGUGGCACAGGAUUAUAUGAAUUAUGGAAAACUGGUCGAUAUAAAAGUUACCCACCAAAUUUACUGAUAGAUUUGAUAGCAAAGAUUUUAGCAUUAGUACCACCAUGGACUAGAAUAUAUAGGGUACAAAGAGAUAUUCCCAUGCCUUUAGUAAGUUCUGGUGUAGAACAUGGAAAUUUAAGAGAACUUGCUUUGGCUAGAAUGAAAGAUCUUGGCACCCAAUGUAAAGAUGUUCGUACAAGAGAAGUUGGGAUUCAAGAAAUUCAUAAUAAAGUCAGACCAUAUGAGGUAGAAUUAAUAAGAAGAGAUUAUGUGGCUAAUGGUGGCUGGGAAACGUUUUUAUCAUAUGAAGAUCCACAUCAGGAUAUCUUAGUUGGUUUGCUUCGAUUAAGAAAAUGUUCAGAAGAAACUUUUCGGCCAGAACUGAAAAAUAAUGUAUCAAUAAUUAGAGAACUGCAUGUAUAUGGAAGUGUAGUGCCUGUCAGUUUUCGUGAUCCAUCAAAAUUUCAGCAUCAAGGAUUUGGAAUGUUAUUAAUGGAAGAAGCUGAAAGAAUUGCUAAAGAAGAACAUAAUUCAACAAAAAUAGCUGUUAUAUCUGGUAUAGGAACUAGGAAUUAUUAUAGAAAACUUGGAUACGAACUGGAUGGACCAUACAUGUCAAAAAUGUUAUAAACUAUCCAAAAUUUGUAAAUAUGGUUGUAAUACAAAUGAUUUGUAAAUAUGAAACGAUU